GGCAAGGGGACUUGGGCUGGGAGGCGCUUAGAGAGAACCGGGGGGAGGGUCGGAUCCGGGGUUGGAGAGGCGCUGGAGAAAGAAGAGGGCGCGUAGCCCCACUCAUCUCUCUGGAGUCCGCGAAAAGGAAGGAGGGAAUUGGGCUCUGGUUGCUUCCCCCGAGGAAGCCAAUUCCCCUCUCUUAGUCCCGGCCUCGGUUGAUCGUGUUGGUUGUUGGCGGCCGCUGGGCGUUCCCCGAAGUCCGGGUGCCUGUGCAGUCUGGAUCCCCGGAGCUGGUCACCAUGCCGGGCAGAUUUUAGCUCCCCCAUGGAGCAAACCAACUUCUACGAGGUCGAGUCCCGGCCCCCGAUGAGCAGCCACCUCCAGAGUCCCCACCACCAGCCUAGCAGCGUCGCCUUUGGUUACCCCCGGGACUCGGUCCCUCCUCAGCCCCCCGCAACACCUGCAGCCGCCGCCGCCUCAGAACAGCUGGGCGACAUCUGUGAGAACGAAAACUCCAUCGACAUCAGCGCCUACAUCGAUCCCGCCGCCUUCAACGACGAGUUCCUGGCCGACCUGUUCCAGCACAGUAAGCAGCAGGAGAAAGCCAAAGCCUCCCUGGCAGGGGGCGAGUUCGACUAUCCUCCGCAGCCGCAUCCCGCCGGCCACGCCAUGCACGGAGCCCACGGACCUGGGAGCCACCCCCAUGUCUAUGGCUGUAUGGCUACGGGCUACCUGGACGGCAAACUAGACCCCCUGUACGAGCGCAUUGGGGCCCCGGCCUUGCGACCACUGGUGAUCAAGCAGGAGCCCCGGGAGGAGGACGAGGCUAAGCAGUUGGCGCUGUCCGGCCUCUACCCUUACCAGACGCAGCAGCAGCAGCAACAGCAGCAACCGCCGCCGCCUCCUCCAGCCCACCACCACCAUCACCACCACCACCAUGCGGCGUCCCACCUCCAGUACCAAAUCGCCCACUGUGGCCAGACCACCAUGCACCUGCAACCAGGGCACCCCACGCCACCGCCCACGCCUGUGCCCAGCCCUCACCACCAGCCGCCGCAGCCACCGCACCACCCACACCAGCAGAACAGUCUACCCCCGGGAGGGGGACUCAAGAUGAUGUCCACGGACCACCGGGGUAAAUCCAAGAAGUCCGUGGACAAGAGCAGCAGCGAGUACCGAGUGCGUCGGGAACGCAACAACAUCGCCGUGCGCAAGAGCCGGGACAAGGCCAAGCAGCGCAACGUGGAGACCCAGCAGAAGGUGCUGGAGCUCACGAAUGACAAUGACCGGCUGCGCAAGCGGGUGGAACAGCUGACUCGGGAGCUGGACACGUUGCGAGGUAUCUUCCGCCAGCUCCCAGAAAGUUCCUUGGUUAAAGCCAUGGGCAACUGCGCGUGAAUAAGCGCUCCCCUCCCGCCAACCCUUCUCCAGCCUAGACUGGUGGCCCUCGGUACCUCCCUCCGCGCCCACCCAGAGCUGGAUUGAAGGACGUUACUUUGGAGGCUGGUGGGGUAUUUUUUUUUUUUUAUUUCAGACCAGACUGAUCUCGAGACUGUCCAAGACAGAACGAGGAAAUUCCGGUGCCAUAAACCCUGGCUGGCUUUGAUUCUCUGCCCCCCCCCCCCCCCACCAAGAGGGCCAGAAUCUCUUCGAGUUUGAGAUUUGGCCUUAGACUGUAGUCUUCAAGUUUCUUUCUAGUCGGGGUGGGGGUGGGGGAGAAACAGGGAGUGAGGGUGGGGGGCCGAGAAGAAGGAAGGGAGAGAAGCCCGGAAGCCAGGCAGCUCUAGUAUUAAGUAAUAACCCUGUGCCUUAGGAGCGGAGACGCGUCUAAAUUGAAACUCUGGGAUUCCAAGUAUCUACGGAAUGGAAGGAGCAAAUCAUGUGCCUUUGCCAUUUGAUAUAGGGGUUCACCGUGUCCCUACACCCCCAGCUUACCGGGCUCUAUCUCUCUGCCCACCUUUUUCUACUUAGGAGAGAUGUGGGAGCCUGGGGGAAGGUCGUAGAAAGUGAAGCUCCAGCCAUUCUGGGAUUGGGGUUUCCGAGGACAGGUGGUGGGCCUUGUCUUAUAGGCCAGAGAAAGUAUGGUGAAGGAGAUUGGGGUGAGGGUAGAGAGAAGAGAGAGUGGGGGCGGCUUGUGGGGAUACUGAACUGGAGAAACAACUUGGUGAUAUUCCGAUGAGAAUAUUACAAAGCCCUUAAGAAGAGAAAGAAACCCCAGUAACUUGGCUUUAAGCCUGUGGUUGCUGCCCCUAGACUUGUGGGAGCCGAGUUUCUGGGCUGAGGUGGGGGUGUCUUCCUUCAGACUCAGUCCUGAAGAAGGGUUGGGCAGUGAUCGGCAGGCAGCUCUCCCCAUAAGAAGAGUGACUGAGGGGCUGAAGUCCUAAGACAGCAGUUCCUCCAAGAAAAUGGUGUGUGAAGGGCAGAAGGGGUGGGGGAGUCACGGGACUAAUGAAACUAUCCCCUUGAGGAUGGGAGGAGGAAGGGGGGGUCGAUAAGCCAAACUCAGAGCAGCAAUGUCUGUACUAUAUGUCGCAAAGUCGCAAUAAUACAAAGCACAAUGAAUAACCCCCCCUGAGAUAGGGGAUUAAGUUACAAGAAGCGGCCAAGCGUGUUGCUUUCUUCAAUUGAUUGAUUGCAAGCCCCAAUCACAGACUAGGUCUAAAUUGUGGGGUCCGCAGUGUGACUGUCCACUUCUGUGUGCUAAUUAAUGUUGCAGCCCGUACAUCACCUUGUUUGUAUUUUUCACUCAGAUUCUGACCAAGAGAUUUUCUUUGUUCAUGAGUGGAAGGGAGCUCUCCAGAGUCUCCACCUUCCUCUCCUUUUAUUAUUAUUGUUGUUUUCCUCUCCCUGAGGGGUAGGGAGAAGCUAAGUACCCUCUACCUCCCUCUUCCUUUUGUGCCCCCUCCCCCUCUUCCCUGGUCCCCAGAGAGCAGCUCCCCAGAAGUGGUGCAGGGAAAAGGCAAGGGUGGGCAAGAGAGAGGAACCUCGGAGCCGGCCUAGGCUCUCUCAAGACAAUCUCAAUCAAAGAAAGCAAAGAGCCGGUCCCAGGCCAACCCACAACACCACCUCUGAACUGGGGCCCUCUGACAGUCAGGAACUGGUGGGAGACUUUUUCCAAAGGCACCCCUAUCCCCAGAGGAGCAGCCAAGCCGAGUGCUCAGGGGAAAUCGAGGCAUGGGAGGAUGGGGAGGAGAAGGAAAGGGCCAAGUUGUUUUUUGUUGUCAUUGUGGGAGGAUAUUUUAUUUUCCAGAUGUGAUAGAUGGGAAUUUUAUGUUGCCUGUUUUAUGUACAAAAUAUAUAUAAAUAUAUAAAUAUAUUAUAUAUAAAUCUCUAUAAAAGUGGAGCUCGGUGUCUUUUUAAAGCCAGAGUGAAACUACAUUGGGAGGGUUGUCAAGGGCCAGGUCCCAUUCCUCAAUAAACAUUGCAUAUUCUUAAUGUCAGUGAA